AGGUAUGAGGGCAAACACGGCUUUUAUUUAGAGCACACGUUAACAAGGGCCAUCUUGUCCCGAGCUCUCGCGAGAAAUGUGUCUAGAGAGUUAUUUUGGGGUGUCCCCGAGGUUGGAUCCUUGCCCAAAAGUCCGUCAUUCAGUGUUGGAGGAAGUGUAUAUCACUUCUUGGGAUUCACAGAAAAUGUACAAAGUUUCUAAUACUUUGUCAAACGCAUACGGCAAUGAAUUAGUUCAGCCAAAACAAAAUGGACCGGACAUGCCACGGGCCAUCAAUGGCGAGCGCAGAAUGACCAACAUUCCCGUCGGUAAUGGCGAAUAUGUCCGUGGAAUCCGCAAAAACGACACCACCAACGUGGAGAACUCGAAGAUGCCAAACCUCAAUCCCUCGGAAAAUAUGAGACCCCUUCGAUACACGGCGGGUUUGGUCUGUGAUCCCGAGUUGGAACGCCUCCGCCCAGAGCGCAACAACAAGCAUCCACCUCUCCAAUCCGGGGAUCAGUGGAAGAAGAAACUCAUCCAGCAUCCACAGACCUACGAAGGCAGUUUUGCUGAUGCCGAUAUGCAGCAAUUCCGACCGGCACCUGAGCAGGCGCCUCAACAAGAUCCUUGGAUGACCUCGAGGUUGCCCGAAGGGCAAUCCUUCCCUGCGAAUGAAAGAUUGGCAAUCCCACAAGGUCUUUCGAACUUGAAUGUGAACCCAUAUGAUCAGGUUUAUCCACAAGAUGAGCUGAGUCGAAUUAAGGAACGAAAUCGCCGCUUCGCUCACUCACAUCCGGGAUCAAAUCAAAGUUGUGGACAAGAAAUGAUGAUGGAACCUCGAAUGCCAUAUGGUUAUGGCCAUCCUUCUGCCAUGAUGAUGCCUCCUAUGGGACCAAUGAUGCCAAUGAUGCACCAAGGACAAAUGUUCCCUAACUUUGGUUAUCCGAUGGGCAUGAUGCAGCCACAGCCAGGUAUGAUGCAGCCGCACCCAAACAUGCCGUACCCUCCUCAAGCUGCUAAUCAUUUGAGUGAUCUUCAGUUUCUCAAUGACGGCCUUGAUGCUGCCCGUCAAUCUGUUCGACCAUAUAUCCCUUCAAAUGAUCCAAAAUAUCAUGGCCUUCAAGCAGAUAGACAACGGUUAGAGGAAGUCGAAGCGAUAGUUCCCAAGGCCGAGAGACCUUGUAUGAAUCCUCUUCCAACUUCAAUCAAUCAACUUCCGGAACCGAAGAAGCGCCUCCCAUCAGACAAAAAGCAACAAGCUCCCGUGGAAAGGGGACGCAUGGCCCCCAAGAGCAAUGUGGGCAUUGCUGAACAAAUUGCCAUCAGGUCAAUUGUUCUCGGCAAUAACAUCCCAUCGAGCCGUGCUUCGGAAAUGGCUUCGCCAAUGAGCCCCAAAGCUCCAUCAAGCCAACGUGGAAGCGCACCCAUGUCUCCCAAAUUGCCCCCUAGUCCAAUCGGAAGCGGGCAAAUCAGUCCGGCCAGGUCCCGGAGAAGUGGAAGUGAAUAACGCGACACUUCCUCCAACACCAGAAGUUGACGGAUGUCACGAACACUUUUCUUGGUUCUUUUUCUACCAGGUCUACAAUAAUCAAUCUUGCUAUAUACAUAUAUGUAUAUAUAUAUAUAUAUCAAUGUCCGGAAACCCCUCUCCAAGAAGACUUUUGUCACAAGUCUUUCGUCACUCACGAGAAACAUCUGAAAUUGCGUUAAUUAAAUUGCUGAAACACACAA